CUACAUUCAGUGCAGUGUGUGCACGACUUGUGCAUUGAAAUGUCAAAUUACACCAUCUGACAGAGCACGACAUUUGAGGCAGUUUCGGAAUAUUUAGAAGUUUACUUGGUCUAGUGUUUGAAUAUCUUGUUCGUGGAUGUGAUGUGAUAGCCAUACACUACAAGCAAGGACAGCUCGCGGUUGUGAAGUUUAACGAAGAAAAAUCAUAUUCAGAACUUGAAACAACUGACCAUGGGGAAGGCGCCGUCAAAGCUGACGUCUGAUCUUGUCGAGGAUCUCAUGGAACAGACGUCGUUCACGGAAGACGAGCUACAGAACUGGUACAAGGGAUUCAUCAAAGACUGCCCCAAUGGAGCCCUGACCAAGGCCGACUUCAAGCGGGUCUACGUCAACUUCUUCCCCUACGGCGACGCCUCGGAAUUUGCCGACCACGCCUUCCGGGCAUUUGACACCGAUGGGGAUGGAACUAUCAGUUUUAGGGAGUUCAUGUGCGCGCUCAGCGUCACCUCGCGUGGAAAGUUGGAGCAAAAGUUGAAGUGGGCCUUCAAUAUGUAUGACAUUGACCAGAAUGGCUAUAUCGAAAGAGAUGAGAUGGUUGCGAUUGUUUCGUCUAUAUAUCGCAUGGUAGGAACUGCUCAGGCGAUGGCCAAAGAUGAAGCGACACCAGAAAAGCGAGUGGACAAAAUGUUCCGUCAAAUGGAUAAGAACAACGACGGCAAACUUACAUUGGCUGAAUUCAUAGAGGGCGCUAAGAACGAUCCGGACAUUUUGAAAAUACUGGACGCCAAACUUUAGCCUGUUCUUUUCACAACAAAGCCUUCAGCAGGCUGUCGAUCACCACAGAAGGACGCACUAUAGGUGACACAAAAGAUCAUUAUUAGCUUCAUUCAGGAUACUAUCUCUUUCAUGUAAGGUAAAGCGGUACAAUUAUACCCCCAGCACAACUAUAUCUCCUUACAGUGUGGAAAACAGCUUGUGGUAGACAUCCAUGCGCACAGAGGCUUUUUAAAGCCUCUGUACUGGAAAUACAACUGUAAUAGACAACCUGCGAAAAUAACUUUCGGCCAUUUUGAAAAGGCUUUUCCGCAGGCAACGUUUUUUUACCAUGGCAUAAAAGAAACAAAAGACAAGCUUAUUCAAGCAAUGCACUUGAAGUUGUCCAUGUUGUUCCGUUGAACAUUAGACGAAGAUACGAUUUGAUCUCACGUGGCUUUUGGCCGUUUAUUCGCCAUAAAUAUGUCACAACACAUUCUCUGCAUAAAGCGGGUUUUUCCCAAAAGCGAUGAGGGGAGCCACCUGGCAUUACACAUUAGAACUAAACGAAAAGUUGUCCUCAAGACUGUCUCUAGACGGAACACAUGUCUUCUAAUGUUUAUGAUAUUUUGAAUGCAUUUGGUGAUGAUUUGAUUCAAAACAUGACUUUUAUGUCAUGGUAAAGUUACACUGCCUGUGUAAGGCCUUUUCAAAAUGGCCGAAAUUUAUUUUCGCAGGUAUCAUAUCAAUAUCAAUGUAUCAUAGCGCACAGUCUAUUCAACAUGUACAACUACUGAACAUGUUACUUAUAUCAACUAAACUUGUAUUAUAUACAUGUAACCAUGCACAUCAGGUGGAGGCCCGUAAAAAAGAAAGAGUGAAAUUUGCUAAUUUAGUGAUCACUCUUUGAGACAACCGAAGAGCGAAAUUUGGAUUAGAUAUCUUCGGCCCGUGAUUAUAAAUAUUUGCAAUGAUUAACCAAGGAAGUUUGAUAGUACCUCCAUGGAUUAACGUACAUGUAGAACAUGCAGGUGUGCAGAAUGUAAACAAUAUUUUAAAUAUUAGUAAAUUUCACUCUUAUGUGCAUUCCGCUCUUUCAGAAUGAUCGAACACUUAAUUAAUACAUCUUUAAGAGCGAA